UGUACCGUGACAUCGAUGCACAUCACUCAAGAUUGCCAGAAAUUGCCUUCACUGUCCCUAGGCUCUCCCCCUCGUCCAGCUUCGAAUUUUUGCAAAGCGCACCAAAAGCCAUUGAAAGUCCCCACGAGUAGCGCGCGUACCGCCGACGACCAAGACGGCGCAUCUUGGUUUGUCUGGUAGUCAGUGAGCAUAACCUGUUUCCAUGAUCGAGGGUCCGAGUCCGCUGUCGCCACGCAACCAGACCUGCAGGAGACUUUCAUUGGUGCGACAGCCUGAGCGCGAUUACGUCGCCGUGGCACACAUCCCACGUCAACGGAAUGGACAGAGUCGAAUCGAUUACAGCCGCAACGUCCGAGGGCGUUCACGGACCUUCGAUCCCGCGGCUUCCUGUGGAGGUCUGUGAACGGAUCAUCGACCACGUAGCAACGGGAGUCAACCUCGUUUAUCGUUUCAUAAUGAAGGGCGAGCCACAUCUGACCACCCUCACGUCCUGCGCGCUCGUAUGCCAAGACUGGUACUACUUGACGUGGUACCAUCUUCGUCAACGCGUCUAUCUACGGGACCGGAAGGACGUCCUCUCGCUCUCCAAGACACUCCACGCAAAACCUCGCCUCCGCGAGGUCAUCCAGCAGGUCGUCAUAUCGGGUGGUUCUCCCGGGAAGCGUCAACCGAUCCGGCACCUGGGGACGUUUGCCGCUAUGCUCGCGGGCAAGGCUCCGAAGUUGUCGAGGAUCGGUAUACAAGAUGCAGAGUGGACCACCGGCUCGGUCCGGAUGGAGGACAUCGGCUUCCUAGGCGUGUUCAGCCUCAUCGACAGUGUAGACCUCUCCAAUGUCACCUUGUCGAGCGUCGCCCAGUUGUCGCACCUUGUUUCAGCACUCCCGCGGCUUAGGAAUCUAUGGUGCUACGAUGUUGACUGCUUGCAGAAACAAGUCGAGUCCCCGGCCUCCCUCCCACUGAACUGUGCAAAUCUGGAGCAUCUCGACGUGCGAUGGGUUGCACCAGCAGUCGAAGACCUCUUUGUGCGGAUCAGCCGGGCUUCUCGAGUGCCCAAUCUCGAAAUUGGGGUCGACGAGGAGUUGGAUCCUUCCUCGGCGCCAGCAGAAGCCAGACUUUGCUAGAUGCCAGUGCCACAUCGGUAGAAACGAUUGAGCUUCAUAUGUAUCCCAGUUCUUCUGUUGGUGAUGGUACAAUUGAUGCCGGCGCCAUAGUCAGAAACGACAUUACAACCUU